GGUGUGAUUUCACCUCAGCAUCUGUAAUAUUAAUAAUUUUCGCAGUUGUAGAUUCUUUGAAGAUUUGAGAUUUGCGGGUUAUGGAAUGUGACUCUUAAGGUUAACAUGAGCUGAGAUUUGAAACGUAAACUUAAAGAGAUGACAAGAGGAAAUCUUUCUUGUUUUAACCGGUGACCCAUUACAACAACAACGUGCAUUGUAUGUGUCACUGUCAGAUUUCUGUUUAGAAGAUGGCAGAUUACGAUGAAGGCGAUGACACGGAUAACAUGUGGAGAGAUGGCGAUAUGGACGACGACGCAGGAAUGGGGUCCCCAUACAGAGGAGAUGAGGACUACAUGGAUGCUGGGGAAGAUGAUGAUGAAGAAGAAGACGAGGCUGUGGUACAGCAGGAGUGCCUCUCUAGCUUUGCCAGUAAAGACUACAUCAUGGAACCAUGCAUAUCUGCAAUGCUGAAGAGGUUCCUUCAGGCGGGAGGGUCCCCAGAGAGAGUGGUGGAGUUGCUGUCAGAUAAUUACACUGCCGUUGCUCAGACCGUCAAUCUUCUCGCAGAGUGGUUGAUACAGGCUGGAGCAGACAUCCGAGAGGUCCAGGAAAUGGUGGAAUCUCAUCUCAAGAAUAUGGUUCUCCGACAUUUUGACCCUAAAAAGGCAGACUCUAUUUUCUCAGAUGAGGGAGAGACCCCGUCCUGGCUGGCGGAGAUGAUUGAUCAUCAGCCGUGGCGAGAGCUGUUCUACAGACUGGCCGAGGAAUACCCAGACUGUCUGAUGCUCAAUUUCACUAUCAAGCUGAUCUCAGAUGCUGGAUACCAAGGGGAGAUAACCAGUGUGUCAACAGCAUGUCAUCAGAUUGAAGUGUUCUCUCGUGUCUUGAGGACAUCAAUCUCCAGUUUGUUGGACGGUGGGGAGGAUGCCAUUGAGAAGAAUCUCCCAGAGUUUACGAAGAUGGUAUGUCACGGGGAGCAUACCUAUUUGUACAGCCAGGUCUUGAUGCAUAUAUUGUCUCAGGAGACAAAGGGAGGGUCAAAUAUAAAACGGCUGUGCCAGGAACUGCAGAAGGGGGCUAGUCAGAGAGGGUUUGAUGUCACACCAAUCACAAUGGCCCUGAAUGGAGCCUCAGCAUACCCUCGAGCAUGUCAGGCUCUCUCCUCAAUGCUGUCCAGGAAAGCUCUGAACCCGGCAGAUAUCACCAUUUUAUUCAAGAUGUACUCUGAGGCAAACCCCCCACCUGUGGAGCUGAUCAGAGUACCUACCUUCCUGGAUUUACUCAUCGAGUGUUUAUUUAAACCUAACUUCAGAAUCAACCCUGAGCACAAGUCCAAGUACAUGUUCAUCUUGUCCUAUGCUUCCAGUAUUGCUGAGGUCUACAAGAAGGGAGUCAGGAAGAGCAUAAACAAAGAGGACCUGAAAGCGACUGUACAGUCUGUGGAGAAGGCACAUACCCUGUGUAGUGUGAGUAAGGGGUCCUCAGAACUGAUGACAGAGAUAGGAGCACUGUUCCAGUGUAUCAAGUUCCCUGUGGUUGCCAUGGGUGUGUUAAAAUGGGUUGAUUGCACCGUGUCGGAGGCCAGUUAUUUCAAGCUGAACACUGACCACACACCGCUACAUCUGGUCUUACUGGAUGAGAUUGUCACCUGUCACAUGUUGUUACAUGGCAAGUCCUUGGACCUCCUGGUCCGUCUGUUUGAGUCAGCAUAUGAGGAACUAGAUGUUCUUGUGAGGUUGGAGUUGAAGAAGACAUUGCUGGAUCGUAUGGUGCAUUUGUUUAGUCGUGGUUGUGUAAUCCCUGUGGUGACGUACAUUCGCAAAUGUCUGGAGAAACAAGACACGGACAUCUCUCUGAUUCGUUAUUUUGUGACAGAGGUCCUAGAUGUCAUAGCUCCCCCCUAUACAUCAGAAUUUGUUCAGCUCUUUUUGCCUCUGAUAGAAAAUGAAGAAAUCACUGGGUUGCUGAAAACAGAUGAUGGAAAUGAUGCUGUGUCAGAGUUUUUAUCCCAUUGUCGUUCAAACUAUUGAGGAGAAGAACAUUCAUCUGAGUUGAACUAGACAAUACUGUUUAAACGGGAUGAACUUUUACAGCUGGUAACAGUCAGAUUGCUGCUACCUAUCUGCUGGUGGACAGAUUGUAUGGGA